GCAGCAUUUAGCUGGUAUUCUUCGCAUUUGUGACAAUCGGCAUGAGAAUGGUGGGUGGGUGGCGAUGCACGUUUAUUAUAUGCGUCUGCGCAUGGUACGGAGAUACCGCGCGAAUACUCAUCGUAGUGCCAACUCCUUCUAUUAGUCAUCAAGUAGUAUUCCGCCCAAUAGCACAGGAGUUAGCAAAACGUCAUCGUGUUGUUAUUUUGACGACUGACCCAGCCUUUCCAGAUCAGGCCCCGCCGAAUCUCACAGAAAUUGAUCUACACGAAUCCUACGCUCCAUGGAUCGACCGCUUCGUUAAAACCGCCUCUGGAAAGCGAAAUGAUUUAUACACACAGUAUAAUACGGCGUUGGAUCUCAUGUUAGAAAUAUUCCCGAAGCAAAUGAAAAGUGAGGCUGUAAAGAGGGUGUUUGGAAAAGAAAAACAGUUCGAUCUAGUGAUCGCAGAAGCUUGGCCGCGGCCGGCGCUGGCACUGUCUCACGUCUUCAAAGCGCCUGUUAUAUUGAUGAGCUCUCUUGGAGGAAUGGAUGAACAUUACCACUUAAUGGGUUCUCCUCUCAACCCAAUAUUAUACCCAGACUUCCUGCGCACGCGUCUGUACAAUCUUACAUUAUGGGAGAAAGUAACAGAGUUAUAUAACCGUUACCUAUUGUAUCGGUCAAUAAUAUCGUAUCAGGAAAAGGAAGAUGUGAUGCUUCGUGACUUGUUUGGAAAGGAUACGCCGCCGUUAGAGGAGUUAAAGAAAAAUGUGGAGUUGCUGCUGGUGAAUAUAGAUCCUGUGUUUGAGGGCUACCGCCCUGUGCCGCCUAAUGUGAUACAUUUGGGGAGCCUUAAUUGUGCGCCGUCUAAAGAUUUGCCACAGGUAAGUCGACAUAACCGUACGCUGUCUUGUACUAACAGUACCCUAAAUAUUAUAGGUAAUAAUCGUUUAAUUUAG